UAACAUAUAAGAGAAGAACAGUCCAUUUUUGUUUUCAAGGCAUUUUCAAGGGAUUCGAGGUUUUUUUUUGUUAAUCGACAAAUUCAGCAGAUUUAAAGAAGGUCAUACGAUUUUUACCAAGGUUUUACCAUCUUUUUUUCACUUUCACAUACUUUCACGUUCUCAUUUUAUAUCCAUCGCAUCCAGCAACAGUACCUGCAUAUUUCUCUAUAAUUUUGUGUGCUCAUUUCGAAGAUAUAAUGGAGUCUCAAGCUGACAUGGACAAGCAGAUGUUGUGUCCUUACAACCUAUCCCACAACGUCAUGAGGCGUCGCAUGGAACAGCAUCUGGUGAAAUGCAGGAGGCAUUACAGGGAGGAGAGUGGCAAUUUAACCACCUGCGACUUCAAUGCUUGCCAUCGUGUACCUGUUGUCGAGUUACAAUUUCAUCACAGUAUGUGCCCAGAUCGAAAACAUAUUGAAAUUCAUGUAAUGACAGAAGCUGCGCCUCAAACAGCUCCGAUUGAAAUCACUCCUGCAGGGUUCGUUCCAAUCGACAACAGUUGGGAUGAUUCUAAUCUCCAAUCAUACGAUCCGGUGCAGUACUGCAAUGACCACGCAGUCAUUAGACGUCUGGACACCGGUUCUGCUGCGCAGAAACGGGAAUUUCGGGAUGCAGAGAGACAGAGGAUUUCGAAUCUCGCACAGCAACAAGCUAGGCCCAAUGGGGCAGCUCUGUGCCCGGCUGUCAGACAGGGACAUCAGCAGGCUCAAAAGAUAUCUUUGCCUCCUACGCCUAGAUAUAGGGCUGUGGACAUGGAAGCGGCUCCGGAACAGAUAAACAGGAUGAUUUCUAACUUGCAAACCAUCCCCAAAGCUGCGGUAAUCCCCAAAAAAUAAUCGCCCAGUACGUGUAUAGUAAAAUUGUUGUUCUGAAAUUAUCGUUUUUUAGUUUUUAAGUUGACUUAGACUAUUACAAAAAGAGUCAAUAUCCAGUUUUUUAUCUUCAUGUUUUAUUUUUGAGUAAUUAGUUUUCAGAGUGAAAAUCUCUGAUAUUAUGUAGAAUUUUUUUGGAAUGUGUAUAAAGAUAAACAUAAUUUGCGAACAUUAGAUUUAAAAAAAAUAGCAUUAAUCUUGAUGAGUGAUAUAGAAAAAAAAUUAUUAGAGAGCAUUAUUAUGGCCUCAAGUUAUAUUUUUAUAUAAAAAAAUUAUGGUUAACUUUAUCUUACACUUUAACGUUUAGGGUAUAUGAGCAAACAAUAUUUUACUUAAUUUUUACUAGUAGAGAGAUUACUUAAUUUUAAAUUUGACUUCAUUUAUAUUAUUAUAUAUUAUGUUAUAUAACCCGUUUAAUUUUAAACUUUCAUAUUAUGUUUCUUGACCCAAUUGGUGUUUUAUGUGUUAAGCAACUUCUUUGCUCGAAAUGUAGUACCCAUAUAUAAGCAAACUUAACCCAAAUAUAUAUUAUAUUGUAAUAAAAA